UCGGCACGCAGAGAGUCGGCGUCUCCAAGGUGAACGCGGAAGUAAGCACGCCCCCAUGGAAUCGCUCCUGCAACACCUGGAGCGCUUCUCCGAGCUUCUGGCCGUCUCCCGCACGACCCACGUCAGCACCUGGGACCCCGCAACCGUGCGCCGGGCCUUGCAGUGGGCUCGCUACCUGCGCCACGUCCACAGUCGCUUUGGCCGCCAUGUCCGCAUUCGCACGGCUCUGGAACGGCGACUGCAAAAGCGGGGGAGACAGGACGGCGCCCCUGGGUCCGCUCCAGUCCCCGGGUUGACGAACUUCCAGGCGCUGGGGCGCUGUGACCGCCUGCUGUCUCUGCGCCUGCUGGAGAACCGGGCCCUCGGGGAUGCCGCCUAUCACUACCUGCUGCAGCAGCUCUUUCCGGGCCCUGGCGUCCCGGACGCCGACGAGGAGACGCUUCAAGGCAGCCUGGUUCGCCUCGCCCGCCGCGGCUCCGCCGUCCACAUGCUGCGUUUCAUCGGCUACGGAGAGAACUCGGUGCUUGAGGACGCAGUGCUGAAGACCCAGGCGGAGCUGCUGCUGGAGCGUCUGCGGGAGGUGCCGAAGGCCGAAGCCGAGGGCCCCAGCAGGUUUCUCAGCACUCUGUGGGACCGCUUGCCUCAGAACAACUUUCUGAAGGUGAUAGCGGUCGCGCUGUUGCUUCCCCCGUCGUCUCCCCGACCCCAAGGAGAAGAGUUGGAGCUGGGCACCCCCAAAACGCCCGGAGAGGGGGGUCAGGAGCUGAUCCGUUGGCUUUUGGCGAAGUCAGAUGUCAUGGCUGCCUUUUGCCACAACCUCCCAGUCGGGCUUUUAACUUCGGUGGCAGGCCGCCAUCCAGAGCUCUCCCGGGCCUACCUGGGUCUGCUUACAGACUGGGGUCGACAUCUGCGCUACGACCUUGAGAAAGGCACUUGGGUUGGAGCUGAGUCCCAACACGUGUCCUGGGAGGAGUUGUACGGCAGGUUUCAAAGCCUCUGUCAGGCCCCUCCACCUCUCAAAGAUGAAGUUCUAACUGCCCUGGAGUCCUGUAAGGCGCAAGAUGGAGAUUUCCAAGUCCCUGGUCUCAGCAUCUGGACAGACCUGUUGUUAGCUCUUGGGAGUGGGUCAUGAUAGUGCAGUUGGGGGAAAAAAAGGUUUUAGAUCUCAGCCCAGGCCCCAGUUCACUAUGGGCAGUGUUCUGUUAUUAUUUGUAUGUAUAGUUUACAAAAUUAAAAUUCCAGUGCUUGCUCCAGAUCUAUACGUUCAAGUGUCCAAAAUAUUAUUUUAGGUGCUAAUUUAUAAUAGGAUUAUAAUUUAUAAUUUGUAAAGGAACUGGCUUGUACUGUCAUGGAUUUUGUGGAUAGAGGAGUGACAUUGGAAGGAUCCUACUUAAAGCCAAGAGAUUAACAAUAGUUUGCUUAUUAGAAGGCUCCUUCCUAAGAAUGCUGAAAAGAUGUGUACUUUUAAAAGUGACAGAACCACCUUUUUUUCUAUAAAUAUGGCUUACUUUUGUAGCCCCCCUCCCCCUUACUCACCGCUCAGUAGUGAAGAGUUUCCUUUAACCAACAACAUGUGUUGUCAAAAAAUGUUCGUUUGAAAAGCUUACUGGCCUAUUUGGAGUUUAAACCCUGGACUUUGGCCUUUUUAACCUAGUAUCCUAACCAAUUAGCCAGCCUCAACAUGUAUUAAAAUUGUGUUGUUCAAUGAGUUUCUUAUUUCUGCAAAUCACUGCUCUCUGAAAUUCAGAGACCAAACAGGUUUCUUUUGUUUUGUUUUGUUUUUUGUUUUUUACCAAACAAUACUUUAAAGCACUGACUUAAGGAUGAGAAAAAAAAAAAUUGCUUAAGGUAUAGUAAAUACAAAUAUAUGCCCUUGGAUUUAGCAUUUGAUGGUAAAACAAUCAAACCAAAUAUGAAUUAGAAGACCCAGGUUUUAGUGCUUCAGCCAUUGACUAGAUUAAUAAAUCACAAUCUUGGUGCUACAGUUGCCUCAUGUGUUAAAUGAAGUGUUUAAAAUAGUUAAAUUUCCUCAUUUUUUCCUUAAUGGCUGCCCUAUAGGAACAGUUUAGAAUAUUUGUCUCGUGUGUGUAGGAACCUAAUUUUGUGAGUUUACCCAGAUGCUCCACAACUGGUAGAGUGAUUCCCAAUCUCCAAACUUAAGAGUGUUUUAUUAACUUUUAUUAGGGGGAUAUAACUUUGCAUUUAUAAAGAUGUUUUUGUCCCUAUCCAAGUUAGUUGGUAGCAAGAUUUUUUUGAAAACGUAGGGAUGUUCAGAAAGUUAAUUCCUAAUUUCCAGAAACGUAGUUAGAAUGAGGAGUUGUAUAAUCUUGUGGAAUUUUUAACUCUAUAAUAGAACGUGGAGUAAGCUACUGUUCCACUAGCAUGUACACUUUUUUUUAGAUAAUCCUAGGUUAACAGUAGUAGGUUCUAUUUUCCUGUGGUCUGAUUCCUUUUUCUACCUCUAAUCCAUGUAGACCAUCUUUUAGAUUGUUUGCCAUUAAUGCAAGAAGAAAGGCAAUUCCUUCUGUCAGUUACAUGAACUGUUUCAGGAAACAACCUAGUGAAGUUCUAUAGGGGCAAGUCCUAAUGUUGACUCAACCCUAAAUCCCAUAACUCUAAGGUUUAGCUUUAGAGAAUGACAGUUUGUAAUUUCCCUAUUUCUGCAGCUAUAUUGCAUACUCUUAUUUAAAAUGAUAAAAAUUGAUAUAGAUUUAAGAAAAUUUUAAAAUCCAUAUUUAUACCUAAGCAUAUCUUAUUUUAGGCUCUAUGUUAUGUUCAUUACAUAGAUAAUCUUGUCUAAUCUUCAUACCAAGACUGUAUUCUUAUAAAUCAGGGUAUAGGCUGAAAGAGAUCAAGAAGAAUGCCCAAGGGCACACAGAAAAUAAGUAACACGGGAACAGAAGCCCUAUCUGUUUUGUUUUCUUUUCCCCCCAGAGCCUAGCACAGUGCCUGGCAUGUGGUAGGUACUCCAGAUGUUUGCAUAAAUGAAACCAGGAUUAGAACCUUAAUCUGUAUUCUUUAUCUUAUUUUAAACAGAAUUAAAUAUUUGAAAAUAUGCUAUUGAUUAUAGCAAUCUUAUUUCUCUAGGAAUCUAUAAGAAAAAGUGAGAGGAAGGAAUGAGAAACAAUAAUUUCAAGCUUCUCAUGAGUUGGCAAAUAAAAUGACUUCAUGUCUGUUGUAUUGCUGUUAGUAUUAUUUGAGGACAUACAUCUCAGUGUUCUCUUAGCACUUUUCGGGCUGGUUGUAUAUUUAUUGAGUGUAUUAGACUAUUUCAAAUCUAAAUGCUGUUGUCUAUGUGCUGGCUACUUAUUCUGAUUCUAAUGGAAAAUGCCUAAGAUUUGGCUUUUGGCGAAUAAAUUUGGCACAUUUUUGGUGUCAUAUGUAUGAUGUUA